AUCGAUUCUCUAAAGGUAAAGUGUAAAUUGGGAAAUUGGUAUUGAAAAAUGAAAAUAGUUUCUUAUUUUUUAGUUAUUCAAAUAUAACUCACUUUCUGAAAACUAUGAUUUUAUUAGAUGUGAAGUAACAAAUAACCGGUACAAUGGCCGAAAAUGUAUUAAAAUCCAGUGAAUCUGGAACCAUCAGAGACGCAGACGACAGUGGCUGCUCAACGCCGGAUGAAUCAAGACGAAAUCUUGAAGAAGAAUUUAAUGUUCAAAGAGCUAAAAUGAAAGAACUCUUCUUACAAAAAGAAGAUAACCUCAAACAACUAGUGCAGGAGAAGCAGCAGUUGGAGUCCGAGCUUUUUGGAGUGAGGGCCCAACUGGAGCAGCUGCAGACUCUCACUGAGAACCAGAGGUCGGAGAUACAGAGCUUACAGAUGUUAGUUAGUGAAACAUUGGAGGCGUCGUCGUCGAGUUCAGAGGAGCUUCGUCGUCUGCGCUCCGUCAACCUGGACUUAGAACAGAAGAUAUCACAGCUCAAGUCACAGGAGGUGUCGCUGGCGCCGGCUACCUUGGUCCGCUCGCUGGCGAGGAAGCUGGGCGCGGACCACGAGGACACACCAGCCAGGAAGAAUGUGGAGGAUAGCGAGCUGGUGCGCUCCAUAGUGGAGCCCCUGGAGGCAGAGAUCGGCGCGCUGAAGACCAAGCUCAGAGACACGGACGCGAGGCUGCAGGAGACACUGAAAUCAGUCGAAACGAAAGAAAAGACGAAAGACAUCACAAACAGUGGCGGCGAUGGGAAAGUAGAAUCAGGUCUGCCGCAGACCGAGGGUCCGAGCGGGUGUGACAUGUGCGUGAACUACGAGCGACAACUGGUGACCGAGCAGAGCCGAGCAAACCGGCAUCGAGACGACGCAUUGCGAGCACAACGCGCGCUGCGUUCAGCGACGGAGGAGCUGGAGGGCGUGCGCUCUAUCCACGACGAGACCGUCCGCGGCUGGCAGGCGGAACGCGCGGAGAGCGGGCGCCGAGUGCACGAGCUGGAAGACGCAUUGCGGGCGGCCGACGAGGUGUUGCGGGCGACGAGUGAGGCCGCCGAGCGAGCCUCGCAGCGGGCGUUGGACCUGGUCACCACGCUCACCGUCGACCGGGAGACGCUGCAGAAGAGGCUGGACAGCUUAGAGCGAGAUAACGCUACACUCAUCGGCAAGUACACGCGAAAGGCAGUCGAGAUUCAGAACGAAGUUAUCAACCUCCCCGACACUGUCAUUGAGCUCCAAGAGCAAUGCCUCCAGCUGCGAGACCAGCUGAUCGUAGUGCAGCUGGGACGAGAGGAGGCACUCGCCAGCGCGGAAGAACUGCGGAACCAGCUGCUGCAGCACAGCACCAUGCUGCACCAGCAGGAUGCCGCGCUCGCGGCAGCCAGAGCCGAGACCGAGCAGCUUAGAGAGCAGGUAGACAAGUUACAAACGGAGCGAAGUCAGAUCACGGAGAUAGCGGACAACCUGCGCAAGUCCACCAUGAUGGUUGAACAACUCACUGAAGAGAAGCAACGUCUGAUGGCGGAGGCCCAGGAGAGCCGCUCGCGUGUGUACGUGCUGCAGCAGGAACUGGACAACAGCGAGAAGGUGCAGCAGGACUUCGUGAGACUGUCACAGUCCCUGCAGAUACAACUGCAGCGGAUCCGCGAGGCCGACACGGAGGUGCGGUGGCAGCACGACGAUGACGUCACCGAGUGUCCCUCCUGCAAGACACCGCUACCCAACAAUAAGAAGAAGGUCCACUGCCGCCACUGCGGGCGCAUCUACUGCAGCGCGUGCGUGUGUCGCAGCGUGCCGAGCGGGCCCCGCGGCACGCCGGCGCGCGUGUGUUCCGUGUGCGACACGCUGCUGCGGCCACACACCGCGCCGUACUUCAGCACGGCGCCGCCGCACUCGCCCGACUAGCGACCUCGUGUACUGAGAACGUUGCGUUACGUCUCCAAUCAGAAGGGCUCUUAUUAGUAGGCAAGGGACUCAUCUACUCGUGCCGCUGUGUGACACUAGGAAAAACUUGUAAUAUAUUUCCGGCUCUUACUCUCAUUGUCAGCUCCUAAAACGGAUAUGGAAUUUGUGUUGAUGACUCCAUCAGGGGCGUGCAUAUUAAUAGGCAAUAAGGCAGUGCCUACCUCAUUAUAAACCUAAAUAAAUACAACACUAGAGUUAAAGUUAAUUUAGUUUAAUUUGGGUACAUUAUUUUAUAACCAACUUCUAUUUAACAACUACUCAUAAAAUUCUACCUUAAGCUAAAUACCUACGGUCAGCAAUCUUUUCAAAUUCCAAAGCUCAACUACGACUAGUUAGAUCCACAGUGCCUUCUUUACUAGAAAAAUAAUGCACGCCCCUGGACUCAACUUACAUUUGCUUUUCACAAAUAAAUCACCACUGUUUUUGUCUUUGGAUGCAUUAACGCUCAGAACGUUACCACAGAGUGACCUCGGCAUGGCAUCACCUAUAAACCAAACACGGCAGCUCAUCCGAGUCUUGUCUUGUACAUCGAUUCAUCCCGAGCUUUAAAUAAUUUAAUUCGGGUUGGAAACAGUAUUUUUUAAAUUUCCUGAUAAACUAGCGAGCAAUAGCUACUAGAAUAGCAAGAACAGACAGUAAGUAUAUAAAUGUGGCGCAUUUCUUAAACAUGUGAUGUUUGAUAAUGGAGUAAUGUUUAUUUCAAGUAGAAUGUCACAUCAGUUCGUGAACAGUUCAAUUAGAUUGAAUCGUGUGAAUUGUAAAUAGACGAAUGUAUAUAAUAUAUACAAUUAGAUAGAAUAUACUAUUGUUAUUGAAUUCGAGUAGUGUACGGAGAGAGUAUAUUUAUUUAACGUAAUAUUGAUAUAACACCGCUCAAGUGUCGAGAGACACGAGUGCUUAUAUCAAUAUUAGUUUGACAUUACAAAAAUUCAGUGAAUAAAAUAAUAGAACUCUUUUAUUAUAUUUGGGCAGCCGUCAUUAUUUCUAAGUACGUUAUCUUAGCAGUACAUUCACGUGUGCAGUAUUCGGGAUUCCAACUUGUCCAUUUAAAUGUCUAAUUCUUAAUAAAUUAAAUUUGUUAAGUAUUUAAGUUCAGGAAGUCUAUUAACAAAAUCGAAAGCUGAAGUUUCGGUCCGAAUCAAAAGAACGGCGAAGUUCGAAUUAAAUCCCUAUUACCAAAGUUUUUCGGAUCAGAAUACCGUGGACGGAUUUCGUUUUGGGGACCAUAGACACAACCAUAAAAAGUGAGGUCAAACAACGAAAAAGUAAAUGUCAAGUGAAUUUGGGAAUAAGGUAAACGAAAGACAAAUUGUCUAAUUGCGAACUUCGUAUCGAUCUUCGUAUCCAAAACACUUUCGUAAUAGGAAAUUGUACGAUCGACGGAUCGUACAUUUUUAACAGAAACUUUGUAUUUCGAUUUUUGGUAAAUGGGCUCGAGAUGUGUGUUGUUGUUUCUUGUGUUAUUCUUUAUCUGUUGAAGUCUGGACGAAACGUGGUUCGAUGCGUUCUGUGAUAUCUCAAAGUUCAGUGACAGGCGUAUUGUGCAGACAGAAACUCGUUUUAGGUUAUGCAAUAUUAAUGUUGUCUCUUCUCAUGUCAGCCAGUAAAUGUAAGCCACGGUAUUUACAAUUUAUUUUAAAUUUACUUAACCUUCCGAAAUCGGCAGUGCCCCAGGGCCCUAGAUUUUUCAGAUGCACCAAAACCAAAAGUGCCGUACAGCACCCUAUUCCCUCAUCAAGUUCUAACCCUUAUUUUGUUCACAAGAUGGUUUUUUUUGCAUGGUUUUAUAGCUUAUUUCAAUAGCUUUAUGAUACAUUACCUUAUAUCAUUAUAAUUAUAAUCAAUAUUGCUAAACGUAAAGUAAUACGCGAAUGUGCGAGCGCCAAAAUUGCGUCGAUCUGUGGCUACCGCGCGAUCAUAGUUUUCCGGAACGGAAGGUUUCUUGUUCGGCGUCAUUUAUACGAGAGUUAAAAUUUUUAGCGUUCAAAACCCCAAAAAAACCGAUAUAAGGUACAUCACAGUACGUAUUAUUAUGUUGUAUAGGUAUCAUCGUAAUUAGAAACCACGUUUUAUCGGACAGAUGUGUAGAGUACGAGCAUGGUGUGACCAAUGUGCUCAAGUGAUCAAAUUGUGCUAAUUUCAACCAUAUUCACAUAGUCAUUGAAUGGCUAAUUUAAUUAUAUCAACUAUUAUUCUGGUAUUGAAUAUGUUCUUCUAAAUCAUUCGUAUACAAAAUAUUUUAUAAUGGUAAAGAUACUUUUGUCAGUUCCAUUUUAAACUUCCGCUAAUGGUAAUACAAGCCUGUGAUUGGUUGAUAUAAUUGUGAAGUCAUUCAAUGUUUACGUAUUAUUAAAGUGCCUUCACGCAAUAGUGCGUUUCGUAUUAAUUUAUCUGAUAAAUCUUUUCCAAUAAAAGAGUAGCUGUACACCUAUCUUGUUGCGAAGUUCGGUGUCCUUGUGUGAAGGCAUCUUUAGUUAGUUAUAAAUUAACAGUCAAUGUUAUUAUAUAAAUAUAUUUUACUCUAAAUAAAUCAUAAAUUUUUAA